CUGAGACAAAGACAACUUCAUCUUGCAUACUGCAACCUCUUUCUUCAAGAGAGCACAACCACCAAGGAGAGCAACACCAGGAUCAGCAAAGAGACAUCCAAGAACUCCAAUGGCUGAUGAGUCAUGGAGGCUGCCGAGUUCAGUGCAGCAACUGGCUGCCAGCAUACAGGAGCCACCAAGGCAGUACUUGCUCAGAGAGCAAGAACCGCUUGGUGGGAACCUGGCUGGUACGGAGAUGCCGGACCCCAUUCCAACAAUCGAUCUCGGCCUGCUGUCUGCAUCCAACGACGCGGAGGAAGCCGCCAAGCUGCGGUCGGCGCUGCAGACCUGGGGAUUCUUCAAGGUUUCUAACCAUGGAAUGGAGACCUCUCUGAUGGAUUCUGUGAUGACCGCAUCAAGGGAUUUUUUCCGCCUGCCACUCGAAGAGAAGAGGAAGUACAGUAACAUAAUAGGUGGGAAACAUUUCCAGAUGGAAGGGUAUGGAACUGACCAGGUGAAAACUCAAGACCAAAGGCUGGACUGGUCCGAUCGACUGCAUCUUAAAGUGGAGCCAGAGGACGAGAGAAACCUUGCCCUUUGGCCCAUACAUCCAAAAUCUUUCAGGGAUGACCUGCAUGAGUACACAUUGAGGAGCAAGAGAAUCAAAGACGACAUCCUUCGGGCAAUGGCCAAGCUAUUGGAGCUCGAUGAAGAUUGCCUCGUUAACCAGUUUAGCGACAGGGCACUCACUUAUGCUAGAUUCAAUUACUAUCCUCCAUGUCCAAGACCUGAUCUUGUCUUGGGCAUCAAGCCUCACUCUGAUGUCUAUGCUCUUACGGUUCUUCUAAUGGACAAAGAUGUCGCUGGGCUGCAGUUUCUCAGAGAUGGAACGUGGUACAACGUUCCAGCUGCGUCUAACUACACCUUGCUGAUCAACGUUGGUGUUACAAUGGAGAUAAUGACCAACGGGAUAUUUAAAGGGCCAGUACAUAGGGUUGUGACUAAUUCUGAGAAAGAGAGGAUGUCAGUGGCCGUGUUCUAUGGUCUGGAUCCUGAAAGAGAGAUUGGACCGAUAGCUCAGAUGUUGACUGAGGACCAACCGGCGCGAUACAGGAAAAUGAAGGUCAAGGAUUUCCUGGUCGCGCACCUUGAGCAUUUCUCUCGAGGAGAAAGAGUCGUCGAUUCGUUAAGGAUAUGAUCAAGGGAAAAGAGUGGCGCGGCAUGACUGUACUGUGGCGCAAGGUGAUGUUGUACGUUGGGAGAUGGCGGGCGCUCUCCAGAGAUAUGAUGCUCACUCAUGGUUGCGGGAUUGAAACGUCUGAGGAUUGCUUAGGGCUGCUUGGAGAUGAGCCAUGUCGACUUGGAGUUCGUUCCAAAGGACUACCAGUGAUGCUCCUUUGCUGGGUGCGUGUGCUUCACCAGGAUGCUCCUUUGCUGGGUGCUGCGUGGUCUGGUCUGGAUGCAAUGACUGAAAACAUGGAUGCUUUUUGGUUGAAAUAUUUGCAAAACUGGGGUUUGAAACGACUGGAUCAUAUCGACAUGGAUAUAUCAAUCUGUACCGGCUACAUGUAGGGAAUGGCUAGGAGCCAGUCGAUUGAAAUCUUGUUUUGAGUCA